AUGAGCAGGGUCAUAAGAAGUCAUCAGGCCUUCGUAGAACACAGGAAGAACCUGCCCUGCACUGAUGCAGUUAUCCAUGAGACCCAAAGACUGGCCAACAUUGUACCCAUGUCCAUCCCUCACACCACCAGCCGAGACGUCAUCUUCCAAGACAGGUUCCCAAAUGAGAUGAGCAGGGUCAUAAGAAGUCAUCAGGCCUUCGUAGAACACAGGAAGAACCUGCCCUGCACUGAUGCAGUUAUCCAUGAGACCCAAAGACUGGCCAACAUUGUACCCAUGUCCAUCCCUCACACCACCAGCCAAGACGUCACCUUCCAGGGAUACUUCAUCAAAAAGGGGACUGAUGUGUUACCUCUGCUGACGUCUGUCCUGCGAGAUGAGAGCGAAUGGAAGAGCCCUCACACCUUUAACCCCGGCCACUUUCUGGAUGAGGAAGGUCGAUUCGUUAAGAAGGAUGCCUUCAUGCCCUUCUCUGCAGGUCGUAGGGUGUGUCUAGGAGAGAGUCUGGCCAGGAUGGAGCUCUUCCUUUUCUUCACCUCCCUCCUGCAGCACUUUUGUUUCUCUCCUCCUCCCGGGGUAAGAGAGGAGGAUCUGGACCUCACACCAUCCCUGGGGUUCACCCUCAGUCCUUCACCUCACCAGUUGUGUGCUGUGAGCAGGGUCUGAGAUGAAAGUCUGGGUCCAGUGUAUAUUACACACUAAACUCUCAACUUUAGACAAACAUACUGCAGGAAUAUGCUGAAAAACUAUUUAGUCACUGCCCAUGGACAUGAAUGAUAUGAAUAUAUACCUGGAUGCAGGGAUCUGAGGUUUAAAGUUGAUUGGACCAAAAUGAACUGAAGCAGCUUUUGUAAACCAUUCGGAGGGGUUCUGCUGUCCUAUAUGCUGACACCUUUAUGAUGUCUGAGGGGCAUUUAUUUAAAACCAUCAAUGUUGAUCUAGAGACAAACACUCAAACAACCUUUUAGGGAUACCCUAGGUGGGGUCCUCAGUAAAAUGUCAAUGUCCGCAGGAAGUGUACCCCACUGAGGUCCAUAGAAGUCAUAUCCUUACCCACCACUCCAGGGAAAAUAUUUUUGGUUUGUAAUUCAAGAAUUCAAGAAUACAGUCCUAAGAACAGUCACAUUUGUAAAAUUGUCAUCUAAAUGUAUAAAAAGUGUAAACUCUAAUCUAGUGCCCUCUAUACUGCCAGUUGUACAGUCAACACUUGGCACUUUUUUACAGGACAACUGUAUGACCUAUAGCUCAGUGUUUUUCCACAGGUCCUUCUGACCAAAGAAACUCAGACAUCUCAAUUUUGUUUACCAAUCUGGGGAAAUUAAGCAAAUGUUUAAUAUUCUUUUACUUUUUGUGCUGUCAUUAAUUUAUUGAACGACAAAUACUAAGUGCUAAUUAAGGAAAGGUAGACACAUUGGCACUUUUUGAAAGCUUUUCUAAAGAUAUGAAAAUAGGUAACUAUGUAGAUGUAUAUGAUUGUUUAUGUAUCAGUAGUGUCACUUGUCACUUCAAUCAGGGACGGUCUGGGGUGGGGUGGCUGAAACAGUGUCAAUCACAUCCAAACAUGGGAAACCAGGUGUUUGGUGUCGUUCCAGUUGUCCCAUUCCGGUCAUCACUAUGAGCCACCCUACACUCAUCAUUCUCAUGUGAGAUAUAUGUUAGCAGUUUAAAUACUUACACACCCGUGCAAUGGGACAAG